AAAAGAAAACCCGGAAGUCGUGGCGUCACAUUGAGCAACCGGCGGGCUUCGUUCGCAUUCACCGGUCGGCGUGCCUUCUUUCGCCAUCAUUUCCGAGGAAUUCGCUGUCGGCUACAUCAUGGCUGCAGAUGAUAUUGCCCAGCUGGUUAAUGUUCUUUCCAAGACCCAUUUAGGAGAUGGAGAGCUAAGUUAUAAAGGCCAGGGACUUAAACUGGACAAUGCACAAUCAGUGGAAGAGCUGGUUCAGGAGAUCGAACAGAGCCAGGAUUUGAAAGUUUUGCGCUUGGAGGGAAACACUUUGGGUGUAGAUGCAGCCAGAGCCAUUUCCAAGGCACUGGAGAGAAAAGAUCAGCUCCAGCGAUGUUACUGGAGUGACAUUUUUACUGGAAGACUACGCUCUGAAAUCCCAUUGGCCCUGAAAUCACUGAGCAGCGGAUUAAUGAUCGCCGGAACCCGUUUGACGGUGUUGGACUUGAGUGACAAUGCUUUUGGACCAGAUGGCGUGAAGGGGAUCGAUCAGUUGCUCAGAAGCGCUGCCUGUCACACCUUGAGGGAGCUGAGGCUCAACAAUUGCGGAAUGGGAAUCGGAGGAGGAAAGAUCCUGGCUGAAGCACUGAUGGAGUGCCACAGGCAGUCAACACUCGCGGGAACUCCACUCAGACUCAGAGUCUUUGUCGCUGGGAGGAACCGCUUGGAAAAUGAAGGAGCGAGCGCUUUGGCCAAGGCCUUUCAAAUGAUGGGCAGCCUAGAGGAGGUCCACAUGCCACAGAACGGCAUCAACCACGCGGGCGUGACAGCUUUAGCUGCAGCCAUGCGACUUAACCCAGAUCUGCGUGUGCUCAAUCUUAACGACAAUACCUUCACAAAGAGGGGAACGCUGGCUAUGGCUCAGGCUUUGGGGCACCUGAGAAACAUCCAAGUGAUCAACUUUGGUGACUGCUUGGUCCGUUGUGAAGGCGCCAUCGCCCUGGCGGCGGUCCUCAAAGAAGGGUUGCCAGUUCUCAAGGAGCUGAAUCUGUCAUUUGGCGAAAUCUCAGAGGGGGCGGCCCUCGUGGUGGCUCAGGCUCUCAUGGACAAGACGCACAUGGAGAAAGUGGAUCUGAACGGCAACUGCUUGGGGGAGGAGGGCUGUGAGGCUCUAAGAGAAACCAUGGAGAGCCAGGAUAAAGGAGACAUGCUGGCUUCACUCAGCGAUGAUGAGGGAGAACCUGGUGAAGAGGAUGAUGAUGAUGAAGGACAUGAUGAUGAUGAGGAGGAGGAGGACGGCGAUGGAAGCAAUGGAUGUAAUGGUUGUGACGAAGAGGACUUUGUUGAAGAAAAUGGCACAGAAACAAAUGAAGAGAGUCCUUCUAAAUCUCAGUGUCCUGAAGAGGUCGUCUCUUUUCUCGACUGCCCGUCUGCUGAGAAGCUUCUCGAGCUGGGAGAAAUGAGGACACAUCUGCUACUGGAGGUGAAUAUUUUGGAUCCACGCAAGCCCGUUGAAGUCCUUCUCAAAGUGGCUUCUUUGUACAGUGAGGAAGGAAUGGUGAAGACUACAGUGCUGGAAACAUUUGACAUGCUGUUGAGGAAGCUUCUCUGCGGUUCAGCUCUACAGGCGUAUACCGCCCUCUCCACCCUGCUGGUCUUUAUAGGAGUCCUCAAGGGAGAAGAGAAGAGGAAAAAGGUGCCUCUAGCCCCAGGCUUGUUGUUGUGUUUGGAGCAUGCGGUCCAGCAGGACUACUUGACCAAGCACCACAUCUCCCUGCUUCACACCAUCCUGUCUAAGAACCCCGAGGCUCUCAAGUCAUGCAACGGAAGCAUGGACAGGUUUAGGUCCGCGCUUGAGAAGAGGUGUCUUGACUAAACCUGAUUAACCAACAGCAGGUUACGCACGAAUACACUGGGAUGUACCGGGAUAGAUUUUCUCUAAAAUAGAGGCUUUUUCAACCACUGAUUUCCAACCAUAUUAUAUUUUUUUAAAUGGCUGUCUGGCAUCUUCUAACUUUGAUAUUUUUGUUCAUGAUAGGAAUUUAUAUUUUUAUAGGAAAUACACAGUUUACAGUAAGUUUAAGAAUGUUUACAGUAAACCAGCAGCUUUUUUUGUUUUGAAAGCAUGCACUUUCUUUUUUCAAACACUGUUUCAAAAAGGGAUUCAUUCAUUCAGGAACUCUCGCUACUCUUAAUAUGGCCAAACCUUGCUUAUUAUCUGACCAUUUGAGUCAUAUGUGUUGCAACAAGAAUUGUCCACUCCAAAACAAAUGUUCCUCACUACGGUUGGUCGUUACUGUUUUUAUAAACAAACAAUAACUUUACAAUACAAUUAUAUACAAUUGUUUAAUGUUAAAGGAAAGGGCUGUGAUGCCAUGAUCCUUUUUAUUAUCCAUCAGUCUUAAUUAAAAAAUGUGUUACUCUAUUGGGGUCACAUGCAUGUACAAUUCCGUAAUUGCCUCAAGUUCUUAAAAAUAUAAGUGAGCAUUUAAAGGAAAAGGGAGUGUUCUGUAAUUGUCUCGACUUGUACUAAAACCU